AUGCACUUUGCAUAUCCUUCGCGCAAGAGCUCGAGCCCGCCGCCUUUUCGGCCGAGGUCGUCAUGUAUCCCUUCGCUACGGAGAAGCCGGUUAAAAAACCUGGUCAUCGGCUCGUUGCUGCUGCUCGGAGCCCUCUACUGGUUCUUUGGCGGCAAGCACGACGAUCCCUACCGCGAGCAUGUGCCAUCGGGUCAUCCAUCCGUUGUCCUUGUGACUGUUGUUGACCCCGUCGAGUGGAACAGCGCAUAUCUGGACACGAUAAAGCAGAAUCGUGAAAAAUAUGCGGCGAGGCAUGGCUAUCAGGCAAUGAUUGUCAACGCCCAAGAUUAUAACACGGAAGGCGCACCAGGGUCCUGGACGAAAAUCUUCGCGAUGCGGCACGCACUCUCAAAGUAUCCCGACUGCAAAUUCAUCUGGUACCUCGACCAGGAUGCCUAUAUUAUGGAUCCUACCAGGAGCCUGGACGAACAGGUUACAAAUCCCAGGAGAUUGGAGAGUCUGAUGAUCAAGGACUAUCCUGUCGUACCGCCGGAUAGCAUCAUCAAGACUUUUUCCCACUUGAAGAGCGAAAACAUCGACUUUAUUGUGAGCCAAGACAAAGAAGGAUUGGUCCACAAGAGCGUGGUGAUCCGCAACGGAGAAUGGGCCAAGUUCUUCAUUGAAACCUGGUUCGACCCGUUGUACAGGAGCUACAACUUCCAAAAGGCUGAAAGACAUGCACUGGAACACAUCGUGCAAUGGCAUUCUACAAUCCUGUCGAAACUGGCACUCGUGCCGCAGCGAACCCUGGCCUCGUAUUCACGACCCACCAGCGGCGAAGAGUUUCAGGAAGGCGACUUUGUCGUCAUGUUUGCAGGGUGCUCCAAGACAGGGCAGCAGAGUUGCCAAACCGAAUCAGCACGCUACUGGGGGAAGAUGAAGAAGGCAUUUGGCAUCUCAUGA